AUGUCCAACUCCACCGGAGAGGGGUCUGCAGUCCCCGCCGCAAGCCGGGGAUCAUGGUCUUCAUUCCUUAAGUCCAUUGCGUCCUUCAACGGUGACCUGUCCUCCCUGACGGCUCCUCCUUUCAUCCUCUCCGGUACCUCCCUCGUUGAAUACUCCGCCUACUGGGCCGAACACCCAGCACUAUUUGUUGCCCCCGCAAAAGAGCCAGAUCCUGCGAAGAGGGCUUUACUGGUGCUGAAGUGGUUCUUGAGUACCCUGCACCAGCAAUAUGCAACGAGAAGCGAGAAACUGGGAAGCGAGAAGAAGCCAUUGAAUCCGUUCUUGGGAGAACUGUUCUUGGGGAAAUGGGAGGAUGAUGCGGAUAUCGGAGAGACGAAGCUAUUCAGUGAACAAGUUAGCCACCAUCCACCUGUGACGGCGUAUUCGAUCGAGAAUGUAAAGCAUGGUGUUGAGUUACAAGGUUACAACGCCCAAAAGGCCUCUUUCUCGAGCACGAUCAACAUAAAGCAGAUCGGCCACGCAUUAUAUUCAUUCCCCACACCCGGUGCCUCCGCAGCUGAGCGUGAAACCUACCUCAUCACUCUACCUUCCCUGCAUAUUGAGUCCCUAAUAUACGGCACGCCUUUCGUCGAGUUGGACCGCUCAAGUCAUAUCAUCAGUUCUACAGGCUACAUCGCGAAAAUCGACUACUCCGGUAAAGGUUGGCUAAGCGGCAAAAAGAACACUUUCAGCGCAGUCUUAUACCACGAGAGCGAAGGAGAGAAGAGCCCAAUCUACACCGCUGACGGCCAAUGGUCGAAAGAGUUUGUGAUCAGGGAAGCAAGAGGCAAAAAGCGAGAAAUUGAAAAAUACAACGCCAAAACCACGAAGACCACCCCCCUCACACUUGCGAAGCUAGAAGAUCAGGAUAUAUAUGAAUCCCGUCGCGCAUGGAGGGACGUCGCCGAGGCCAUUGAACGUGGGGACAUGGACGCUACCUCCGUGGCUAAGACCAAGAUCGAAAAUGCCCAGAGAGAGCUACGCAAGAUAGAAAGAGAAGAAGGGCGGGAAUGGGAGCGUAGAUUUUUCAAAAGGGUGGAUAUCGGUGAUGAUGACGUGUUCAAGACGCUGCUCCGCAGGUUGGGCGUGAGCGAUCCUACCCCUGCGGCCAUCGAAAGCGAUAAGACGAACGGGGUGUGGAGGUUCGACCCCGCCUUAGCGAAGGAUGCAGUUACGCCGUACUAUAAGGAUGCAGGCCGAGGCCUUGGACUUGAACCCAUUGUCGAACCGGUUUCUACAGAGACCGAGAGUACGGCCUAAAAGGUAAAGCUGUAUACCUCGUAUUAUUCACUUUCUUUCUCUACAUCCUUUUCUUUCACAGAUUCAUGUUUAUGGGUGACUGUGGCAUUCCAUUACAUGAUUCCCUCAAGGAUUUUUAACCUCAUACACACAUACAAAUAAUAGCUUCCUACUCUAUCCCUAGAUGAGGGUUGUUUGUCUUUGUGGGAUGGGGAGCUCUAGAGCGCCUCGGACCUAAUAGAUAGUAAGCAUGGGCUUCACUAUUAGAAAUAGAGAA